AUGGAAGAAGAAAUUCCCCAGCACCCACCGGAGAAAAUUCUUAGAGCAGCGUUAUCAGAGCUAAAAACACAGCAAGCAAUUGCAUGUCCAUUGAUGGCGAUGAACUUGACAUGGUUUGCCAAGAUAGGCAUCACCACAGCGUUUCUGGGUCGGCUAGGUGAGGUGGAGUUAGCCAGCGGGAGUCUCGGGUUCAUGUUUGCAAACGUGACUGGUUUCUCAGUCUUCAACGGUCUAUGUGGUGCCAUGGAACCCAUCUGUGGUCAAGCUUAUGGAGCCAAGAACUUCAAACUCCUUCACAAAACUCUCGUAAUGAUGAUCACUUUACUACUACUAACAUCACUCCCCGUUUGUUUCUUAUGGCUAAAUGUCGAUAAAAUCUUGAUUCGUUUUGGCCAACAAGACGACAUUUCUAUCGAAGCAAGAAAGUAUUUGAUCUGUCUGUUACCUGAUCUCAUGAUAACCUCGUUUUUAUGUCCCCUUAAGUCGUAUUUAAGUUCACAAAGCAUCACAAUCCCAAUCAUGUUCACUUCUGCUCUUGCGGUUAUCCUCCAUGUCCCUGUUAACAUCUUCCUUGUAAAAACUCGAGGGUUUGAGGGGGUGGCAAUGGCGAUUUGGGUGACCGAUCUGGUGGUAGUUGUAAUGCUGGCGGUGUAUGUGGUGGUGGUGGAGUUUAAAAAGGGUGGCGGGACAUGGAAAGAAGGCGGAUGGAGUGACCAAACAUAUGAAGAUUGGGUUCGGUUAUUGAAACUAAGCGGGCCAUGUUGUCUGACCUCGUGUCUCGAGUGGUGGUGUUGGGAAAUUUUGGUUAUGUUAACCGGAAAGCUCCCGAAUGCUAAACAAGCGGUUGGAAUCAUCGCGAUUGUUCUCAAUUUUGACUAUUUACUUUUCUCGGUGAUGCUUUCGCUUGCCACGUGUGCGUCCAUUCGGGUCUCGAACGAGCUCGGUGGGGACCACGCGGGACACGCGUAUCGAGCCGUGUGUGUUUCGUUAGGGUUGGGUUUGGGUGCGGGUUUAGCCGGUGGGUUAGCCACAGUGUUGGUUAGGGGAAAUUGGGGUGGUUUGUUUAGCCGUGAUGUGGGGGUGGUGAGAGGUGUUCGUGAUGCCAUGUUGUGGAUGGGUAUUUUGGAGGUGGUGAAUUUUCCGUUGGCGGUUUGUGGCGGCAUUGUACGGGGAACCGCCAGACCGUGGUUGGCGAUGUAUGCAAACAUCAGUGGAUUUUACUUUUUAGCGUUACCUUUAGGCAUUGUUUUAGCUUUUAAGGUUCAUAUGGGAGUCCGGGGACUUUUAAUAGGGUUCAUGGUUGGGCUUCUUUGUUGUUUAAUUUUGUUGUUGGUGUUAAUUUCGAGGAUUAACUGGACAGAAGAAGCUAAUAAAGCACAAAGACUUGCAGCCAACUCUGAUAAAAAUGUAGGCUGCAAGACUUCAGCAAUUGCUGACAAUAUUGGCUCAGCAUGA